CCCAUUUCUUCCGGUAGGUGGGGAUGUGUGGACACUUGGAGGUCCAGGGCCCAAGGCUGUGGUAAUCUGCUUGAAUCAACCAAGCAGAAUGCAGGCAUCAGCCUUCCAGGAUAAGAACAGGAGGAAGCCAGGCCACAAUGAAGGUACUCACGAUCCUAACUAUGAGAAUAUAACCUUGCCCUUCAGAAACAAGGACCAGCUCAAACUCAGUGAAUCAGCACCAAGGAAACAAGCCCAGCCCAAGCCGUCACUGGACACACCCCAGGUCCCCCCUUGGUUGCACAGAACCAUCAUGAUCUUGUAUGUCCUCCUCGCUCUGAUCUUUUUGUCAUGCAUCAUCCUCUCUGCUUUGGUCCUGGUCAAAAAUUCGGAAAUGUCGAGGGAGCUGUGGAGCCUGAGAGGGGAGCUUUCGAAUGUCUCAAACACAGUGCUGAACUGCCAGGACCAGCAAAGGAAUCAUUGGAAAGUGGUCCAGCAGGGCAUCCAGGAGGCCAAGAACAAUAUUGGUGUGGUCUUGAGCAAAGUGCAGAGUGGAAACGACAAUCUGAAGACGGUGCCAGCAGAUAUAACGGAAAUCAAGAAAAUCCUUGAGAGGCUAGAGAAGAAAACACCUGCUCGUAAGCCAGAGCCAGAGACAGGAUUCUCUGAGACGCUGGCCAGCUGGCGGAAAUGGUUACCCCAGGUUCAGAGUGUGGGCACACCGGACACAGACACACAAAGGAAAUACAAACACGGUCCGAUGGCUCCGCAGAACUGCCUGCUGCUGAGGCUGAUGGCCCGGGAGGACACGCGCGCCCCCUGGCGGCCGCUCUCGGUCACCCACCACCCCGCCCUCCGUGCACUGAGUCCAGCCCGCAGACGCCUGCGCACUCGGGGCCUUUUACGACGCCGUCAAGAAGUUCGGCUGAACCUACGGCAACCCAGUUCCGGUUGA